GUGCGCGCACGUGAGAGAGAGCUGUUUCAUUUGUGGCGAGAGAGUGGAUGAUAUUCUUUGCUAUAGAGAAUAAGAUGGAAAUGGAAAACUCUACCAUGGUAUAUUCUGAUGUGACAACUGGGAUGGGAAUACUAUCUCUGGUUGUCUACUGUGUGGCGUUUGUGCUUGGCCCCACUGGCAACGGCUUGGUGAUCUACGUGACAAGCUGCAGGAUAAAGAAGAAUGUCAACUCUGUUUGGUUCCUCAACCUGGCCUUGGCGGACUUCCUCUUCACUUCCUUUCUGCUCCUCUAUAUCAUCUACAUUGCCCGUGAUUAUGAUUGGCCUUUCGGUGACAUCCUUUGCAAGUUAAACAGCAUGGUGACUAUGCUCAACAUGUUCGCCAGCAUCUUCCUCCUGGCGGCCAUCAGUCUGCACCGCUGCCUGUCCACGUGGGUGGUUGUGUGGGCCCAUAACAAGUGUACGCCAGGCAGAGCUGAGGUCAUCUGUGUGGGGAUCUGGUUAGCCUCAUUGGUCUGUAGCCUCCCAUUCACCAUCUUUCGGGAGAUCAUACACCAUGAUAAUAGGACAAUGUGCAGUUAUUCAAUUCCCCAUUCUUCCUACAGGAAGUUGGUUGUGUUCCGCUUUCUGCUGGGGUUUCUCAUCCCAUUCCUGGUCAUCAUAGGCUCUUACAUUGCCAUAUGGAUACGCGCCAGGCGCCUUCAGAAAGGAAGAACGCACAGGUCCCUCCGGAUCAUCGUCUCCGUUGUCCUGGCCUUCUUCAUCUGCUGGAUGCCCUUCCACGUCUUCCAGUUUCUGGACUUCAUGGAAGAAGACAACCAAGGCCUCAAGCUGGUCGUGCAUAUAGGGACUCCCCUGUCCGCUAGCCUGGCCUUCCUCAACAGCUGCCUGAACCCCAUCCUGUACGUCUUCAUGUGUGACGAGUUCCAGAAGAAGCUGCGUCAGUCCGUGUUGCUCGUAUUCGAGAAUGCUUUUGCAGAGGACCACGGGAUGAACUUUGUGUCAUCAACGCGCUCCCUGAGCUCCCAUCUCUCCCGGAUCUCCCGUAAGUCUGAGUCUCUGGCUCCAGGAGAAGGAGGACAUUUACACCUCACUGGUGACCAGCCUGAUAGUAAAGUGUAAACUGAGGUGUGAGAUGGGAGACAUCUGCAAAAGACAGGGCUAGUACAUCUGUAUUAGAGUCAUUUGACUGUAGCUGUUGUCAUUGUGGUUUUCAUGGUGGCAAUGAAAUCAAUGAAAUGUAUUUUAUAAAGCCCUUUUUACAUCAGUAGUUGUCACAAAUUGCUUUACAGACACCCAGCCUAAAACCUCAAAGAGCAAGCAAUGCAGAUGCAGUUACCAGAUUUAACUUCUGUUAUAGUGAUGUUAUGUUGAAGUUAUGGAGACCUUAUUUUGAUGUUAUGUUGACAUUAUGGGGAAAUUCUCACACACAAAUAGACAACAACAUUCAUAAACCUCUAAUUUCAAAUUCUUACAAGACUGUUCGACCAGACAGAUCAAUUUUGGUAUCAAAAAUAACAAAAAACCUCUUAAGGUAAUUUAUUAAUUUAUUUGUUUAUAUUUUGCUUGUAGCUAAUACAAGAGUUGACUCCUGAAAGGGCUCUUUGAAAUCUGACCAAAGAAAAACACUUACAAUUCUUUUUUACUUCAGACAACAUUCCUUUUGUGAUCCAAAACAAACAGAACAUUUAUUGCCUGUAUGUGAUAGAUAUCUUGGACCUAUUUCUUCCAUGUGGACUGUGUUUCUGACCUGCAGAUGACAAGAUCCUUCUGAAAAACCCUCUCCCAAAAUAACUGCGGUGGAGAAAUCAUUUGUGGAGAAAUUACAUUUCAGAAAUCAAUCAAUUGUAAAAACAGCACUGGCAGAUAUAUUAUAGCAAUUAAUAAAUUACAAUAGCUCUUUACAACUUUUUUUUUUUUUUUUUUUUUUUACAGUUUACUUAAAAUUUUAGAUGUGUGAGAGACUUUUCUUUUGAAUGUUUAAACAAAAAAGAUUCAUAAGAGCACUGCUUGUCUGGGAAACUGGUGAUCCUAAAACACAAAUAUUUACCACUGGAAGCCUGGAAUUAAUUUAGAGUAUUCCGGAAUUUAGACAAAUGUUGCACACUACUCAACCUGUUUACAAACUUUUCAUGACACAUUGUUGUGAUUGACAACAGACUAUAUAAUGCAUUACCAGAUAUUCUGUAAUAUGACAAAAAACAUGUAAUAAUUAUUUAAACAGAUGAACUUGGGCCCACCAGAAGCAUCAACUUACUGAAAGUAUUGCUACAUUUUUCAAAACGAGGACUUUGGGUCCCUAAUUGUGGCAGUAUAUGGUAGAAAUGGGCUCCAUGAGGCUCCUCUGACAUUGUCACACGUCAUGUCCUCCUUGGGGAGAGGACUAGUGCAGCGUCCUGGGGUAGAUCACUUGCUCGUGGCUCCUACCUGCUCUAUUCUUUUCUCCUCCCUCUGCUGUGGGAUACUGCCUGGGGGAUUCCCAGCUAGCGGUCGUACAUCUCCUUCAUCUCUUUCAGGAUCUUGAUGCUCUCGCUAUACCUCAGCUGAUUCUUGUUGGACGCUUCUUUCCAUCUGAACACAGUUAAUAAGAUUGAUCGCAGCUAGAUAAACAAUGUUUACUGACAGAAUUUGUAUCAACUUUUUUUCCAAUCAAGAUUAAAUUCGGUUUAAUAGUUGAUAUUCGACUCCACAAUCUAUUCAUGUCAACAAAGUUAUCUUUUGUGAUUAUUUAGAUGCCUUUGACUUACUUUUGCCUGAUCUUUUUCCAGCGUUCUAUGUGGUUGUAUAUGAGGGGACCAGACACAAGAGCUGUAUCUGUAGACUGGUGACAAAGACAGACAGAUUGAAGCAAUCCACCAUUUUACUGUGGCAAAUAUGAAAAUGAUGGCUAGGCGUAGCAGAUGUUAUACAGUACCUUGCUGACAAUAGGCUUUUCUGUGGAUGGGAUCCUCAGAUUGACAGGAUCUCCAGAAGGGUUGAGAGGACAGGAGGUGGGCGGAGGGAGGCGAUACACAUUCUGUCCCUUACCAUUGAGCAUGUCUGCAGCCUGGCAAGAUGUAGGUGAAAAGUGAGAAAACAAAUACUGGACAGAGAGCACUAAUGAAAAAAAUAUAUUUAUGCCCACAUUGUGGGCAUCUUUGUCCUGCUUUUUGGUUGUGAGCUUACCUCCUCUUCCCCCAUGCUGUGUGGGGGGCUUGGGGAUGCAGCUCUCUCUCUGACUGCCGGGUUGUUCCUCAUCCAGGCCCGGCAAAUGGGGUAAAGUGGGGUACUGGUGGUGUACUGGGCCAGGUCCACACUGCGGUCAAACAACUUGAUAAUGUAGGCAUCUAGCAGAGAGGGAGGAGAACAAAUGAUUGUAUAUGUAGGUGAAUAUCUAGAGCUUGAAGGGUAGUCAGUGAGUGAGAGAGAAAGGUUUUUAAAAGUCAAAUGAUCUGUGUUUGGCAGGGGAUUGACAUGUGCAGCGGACUUACUUUGUUUAUGUUGGUUACUCUCCGUUAAGCUAUCAUCCAUCUCUUUCCGUUUCUUCCUCCGGUGCUGUGGGAACCGUGAUGAUGGCCUAUGACAUCAACAACGAGGGAAAGGUAACAGGUAAAGGCCUUUCAGUGUCUAACAGUCAGAUAUGUUAAAAAAAAAACUCAAAUAAGGCUUACCGCUUCCCAGCA